AUGCAAGGAACAAUCACAUCCUUGUACAACGUUGGAUGUUUCUUCGGCGCGAUCUCAGGUUCAUGGAUUGGCUCGUACUUGGGACGCAAGCGAUCUGUCAUCCUGGGUACUACAGUCCUGGUCAUUGGGGCUGUCCUGCAGAUGUCGGCUUUCAGCGUGCCCCAUAUGAUUGUCGGGCGUCUGGUUGCCGGCCUCGGAAACGGUCUGAAUACUGCAACGGCUCCCGUUUGGCAGAGUGAGACUACCCAGGCCAAAUGGCGAGGCAAGCUUGUGGUGCUGGGUCUGGUGGUCAACGUUGCCGGUUUCUCCCUGGCUAACUGGGUCACCUUUGGCUUUUCCUACCUGGAGGGCAGCAUAUCUUGGCGUUUGCCUCUCGCACUCAAGCUGAUCUUCUGCCUGGUCAUUCUCGGCACCGCACCCUGGCUGCCCGAGUCUCCGAGAUGGCUUAUCUCCAAGAACCGUAUCGAGGAGGCUGAUAUCAUCCUCGCCGAUCUGAAGGGAGACAGCGACGUGGCGAGUCCCGCUGUUCUGGCUGAGCGUAACGAGAUUGUCCGCGCGUACAAACAAGAAACCGAAAACGCGAUGACUUGGUCUCAACUCUUCCGAGGAGCGUCGGAAAAGGGGGGUUCUGGAGCUCUGCGCCGUUUCAUGCUUGGGCUAGGUACUCAGCUCAUCGUUCAGUUGUCUGGUAUCAACGCCACUUCGUACUAUCUCCCGACGGUCUUGAUAGAGUCUGUUGGGCUUGAGGAGAAGCUUGCUCGUCUCCUAACCGCCGCCAACUCUGUCCACUACAUCUUCUUCUCAUAUCUGGGAAUGAUGCUGAUUGACAAGUGGGGUCGCCGUGGUGCUAUGAUCUAUGGGACCUCAGGCUGCUUGGUUUGCUACAUCAUCCUUACAGUCCUCAUUAGGACCGGCCAAUACGCGACAGACGAGGGACUGAAGUAUAGGGUUGGCGCAGCAGCUGUGUCAAUGAUCUUCCUGUUCUACGCCAUAUUCGGUGCUGGGUGGCAAGGCACUGCAUGGCUUUACAACACUGAAAUUAACUCAUUGGCUAUGCGAAUGAAGGGUGCUUCAGCCAGUGUUGCCGCUCAAUGGGCAGUCAACUACAUGGUCGUCCAGAUUACCCCCAUCGGCAUUGAAACACUGGGCUGGAGGUUCUACCUGAUUUGGGUUUUCAUGCAGUUCUUCUCCCUGCCCAUUCUGUACGUCUUCUAUCCGGAGACUGCGAACAGAAGGCUUGAAGACAUCGACAUUGUGUUUGAGGAGGGCUUGAGAACAUGGGUGUUUCUUGACAAGGAAGCUACGCAAGUCGAACGCCCCCGCCGAUUUAUCGUCAUGGAGGAGGAAGAGGUUGCCGACGCCGCCAAAGACAUCAAGACCAAGAUCAAUGACCAGGAAUUUGAACAGGUUGAUCACCCGGUUCAGUCUACUAUUACUAAGUAG